AUGACAACAACCAUUCUCAAUGGCAAUACCACCACCAUGGCUCCAGAGCCUCAGAGGACUUACCAAGUCGUAGUAGCUGCAACUAAAGAAAUGGGUAUCGGUAAAGACGGAAAAUUGCCAUGGAACUUGCCUACUGAUCUCAAGUUCUUCAAGGACAUAACUUUGACCACGUCCGAUUCCGCCAAGAAAAACGCUGUUGUGAUGGGUAGAAAAACUUGGGAGUCUAUUCCAACUAAGUAUAGGCCUCUUUCGGGUCGCCUUAACGUCGUUUUAACUCGCUCUGGUGGUUUUGAUAUAGCCAACACUGAGAAUGUUGUGACUUGCAGUAGUGUAGACUCUGCUCUUGACUUAUUAGCUGCACCGCCUUAUUGUUUGUCUAUUGAGAGAGUGUUUGUUAUUGGAGGUGGUGAUAUAUUGAGGGAAGCAUUGAACAGGACUAGUUGUGAUGCUAUUCAUUUGACUGAGAUUGAUGCAAGUAUUGAAUGUGAUACGUUUAUACCUGAGAUUGACACUAAUGUUUAUCAGCCUUGGUGCUCAUCGGUUCCGAUAAGUGAAAACGGACUUCGGUUUUGCUUCACGAGUUAUGUCCGUGUGAAAUGUUCUGCUGAUGAAUAUAAAACCAAUGGGUCACAGCCGCUUCAGUUUGAUGGGAAGAAGUAUUCGUUUCUUCCCAAGAUGGUUUUUGAUCAGCAUGAGGAAUUCUUGUAUUUGAAUCUGGCUGAAGAUAUUAUCUCAAAUGGUAAUGUGAAGAAUGACAGAACCGGGACUGAUGAAAUUCAAUUUGCGCAGACAAAGAGAGUGUUUUGGAGAGGUGUUCUUGAGGAACUUCUAUGGUUCAUAAGCGGCUCAACCAGUGCAAAGGUCCUUCAGGAGAAAGGUAUCCAUAUCUGGGAUGGGAAUUCGUCAAGAGAGUAUCUGGAUGGUAUUGGCCUGACAGAGAGAGAGGAAGGUGACCUUGGACCUGUAUACGGAUUUCAAUGGAGACACUUUGGUGCUAAGUACACAGAUAUGAAUGCUGAUUAUACUGGUCAAGGGUUUGAUCAGCUCACAGAUGUUAUCGACAAGAUCAAGAACAAUCCUGAUGAUCGGCGUAUUAUAUUGUCUGCUUGGAAUCCUCCUGAUCUCAAGUUGAUGGCGCUUCCUCCGUGCCAUAUGUUUGCACAGUUCUAUGUGGCAGAAGGAGAGCUCUCAUGCCAAAUGUAUCAGCGUUCAGCGGACAUGGGCCUUGGAGUGCCGUUUAACAUUGCUUCCUACUCUCUUCUAACAUGCAUGCUCGCUCAUGUGUGUGAUCUUGUUCCUGGUGAUUUUACCCAUGUUAUUGGGGAUGCUCAUGUGUACCGAAAUCAUGUGAGGCCUCUUCAAGAGCAACUUCAGAAUCCACCAAAACCUUUCCCUGUUUUGAAGAUAAACCCGGAGAAGAAAGACAUCGACUCUUUUGUGGCUGCUGACUUUGACCUCACAGGCUAUGAACCUCACAAGAAGAUAGAGAUGAAAAUGGCGGUUUAG